AUGGAGGAGGACAGUGAAGACAGGCGCUGCGGUCUACGAAGCCAACCGCAUCGCUGCCGCCAAAGCGAAACGCGAAGCCCGCAAAUCAAAACUUUGCCCAGUACGCAACGCCGCCGCACAACCGCUUCCAACGUGUCCUUGAUGUCAACGGACAUUCCGGGCUCGAAUCGGACUUGUUGGACAUCUUCGAAUCAACUGCGCCUCUCGAACUGCACCAAUUAUCGUCCCCCCGCCGCCGAAUCCUCCUCCUCUCCGCCGCCACCUAACUCUGACAAUUCUUCUGAACCACCACUCUCAUCCUCCUCCACUGCCCCAACGACGGCCGCUCAGGCGACUGUCACGCGCGCAAAAACGGACACCAUCACCACCUCCCCCGACUCCAGCGAUGACGAUCAGGACUACACCUGCCCUCACUGCGACCGCACCUUCACCUCACGCAUCGGCCUGGUCGGUUACUUGCGAAUCCAUCGCACAGAGACUGGUGAACCAGUGCCUGAGCACCAACCUACACCCACCGCACUCGCCUCCACUGCCCACACUGUCCACACUGCCCUCGCAUCUUCAGUCAUCGCAUGGGUCUAUUCGGCCACAUGCGCAUUCACGAGAGCGGAAUUGACCACAAUUCCGACACACCAACCACAUCCAACACACCCACCACGCCCAGUCCCACCCUCGCUCCAUCGCCCCGCACGGCGAUCACCACCACCAUCACCGCGUCCUGCGUAG